ACCCGCGGGCUGGAGGGAGCGGCCCCGCGCGCCGGGGGCGAGGGACCCGCGGGCGCCAUGGAAGGGGUGUUGUACAAGUGGACCAACUAUCUGAGCGGUUGGCAGCCUCGAUGGUUCCUUCUCUGUGGGGGGAUAUUAUCCUAUUAUGAUUCUCCUGAAGAUGCCUGGAAAGGUUGCAAAGGAAGCAUCCAAAUGGCAGUCUGUGAAAUUCAAGUUCAUUCGGUGGAUAAUACACGCAUGGACCUGAUAAUUCCUGGAGAACAAUACUUCUACCUGAAGGCCAGAAGUGUGGCUGAGAGACAGCGGUGGCUAGUAGCCCUGGGAUCAGCCAAGGCUUGCCUUACAGACAGUAGGACACAAAAGGAGAAAGAGUUUGCUGAAAAUACUGAGAACUUGAAAACCAAAAUGUCAGAACUAAGACUCUACUGUGACCUCCUUGUUCAGCAAGUAGAUAAAACAAAAGAAGUGACUACAACUGGUGUGUCCAAUUCUGAGGAGGGAAUUGAUGUGGGAACUUUGCUAAAAUCAACCUGCAAUACUUUUCUGAAGACUUUGGAAGAAUGCAUGCAGAUUGCAAAUGCAGCUUUCACCUCCGAGUUACUCUAUCGAACUCCCCCAGGAUCGCCUCAGCUGGCCAUGCUCAAGUCCAAUAAGAUGAAACAUCCUAUUGUACCGAUUCAUAAUUCACUGGAAAGGCAAAUGGAAUUAAACAAUUGUGAAAAUGGAUCUUUAAAUAUGGAAAUAACUGAUGAUGAAGAAAUCCUGAUGAAAAACAAGAACUCCUUGUAUUUGAAACCUCCAGAGACAGAUUGCAGCAUAUCAAGUGAAGAAAAUGCAGAUGAUAAUGUACCAGCCCAAGGUAAAAUAAUAAAGGAUGAUGGAAAGGAAAACCUGGGAAAUCAUGACAACAAAUUGGCACAGCCUGGAUCAGACUCCUCAAGUUGUUCUCCAGAAUCUCACUGGGAAGAAGGCCAAGAAGCUAUCCCAACUUUCUUUAGCACCAUGAAUACCAGCUUUAGUGACAUUGAGCUUCUGGAAGACAGUGGCAUACCCACAGAAGCAUUCUUGGCAUCAUGUUAUGCUGUAGUUCCAGUAUUAGACAAACUUGGCCCUACAGUGUUUGCUCCUGUUAAAAUGGAUCUUGUUGGAAAUAUUAAGAAGGUAAAUCAGAAGUAUAUAACCAAUAAGGAAGAGUUCACCACCCUACAGAAGAUAGUGCUGCAUGAAGUGGAGGCUGAUGUGGCCCAGGUUAGGAACUCAGCCACCGAAGCCCUCUUGUGGCUGAAGAGAGGGCUCAAAUUUUUGAAGGGAUUUUUGACAGAAGUGAAAAAUGGAGAAAAGGAUAUCCAGACAGCCCUGAAGACUGUACUCAGAGUCCUUAACUUUGUGAAGAGAGAAGAAACAUGAAGUGCAAAUGCUGCUUCAAAACUGAAAUAAACACAGCAAAUCUCAGCUUUUCCUGCCCUUUUUCCUCAAGCACUGUUUGAUAGAAAGGAAAAUUGGGCUGUAAAUUUGAGGUUUUCAUCCUGAUAUUCAGGAUUAGUUUUUAAAAGUUUUUAUGAUUUUAAAUCAAUCUUUGCUUGGAGAGAUCCUUAGUUUUCUGCUGCUGUUAAAUGUGUAGAGAUAAAGAUACCCCCCCCCCAACCAACGCAUUCCUCUCUCCGCCAUACAAACACAAAAAGCUCUGUGCAGACAUACAAUGAAAAAUACUUACAUAUUAACUAUUCAGAACCAUUGGCUCUUUGAUGCAUGUUUUUUCUGGAUUAAUGGCUUCUCUCAUUUGAAACUACAGCCAUUAUAAGUGGAACUGAUAUCUUGCCUGAAAUGAGGGAAUUUGGGUAUGUAAUGUAAAAGAAAAUGCCUGUACAAUUUAUAUGCCAUAUAUAGGCAAAUUAACUUGCAUGCUUUAAAUUUUAAAACUGAAUUUGAGUUAUUGUGAUAACAACUACCAUUUAUUUACAGCACCAUGUAUAGAUAACACACUAGGUUCUCAGGCAACACUUCAUUUAAUUUUCCCUGUGCUCCCCUUUUAUAUCAAACUGAGGUGUUGUAGAGUCUCCCCCUAGACACAGCCCCCAUUUCAGAGGUUUAAAGAAGCUAAGAACCUAUGUUGCAGGGCAGGGAAAGGGGUACAUUACAACCGCCAAACCUGCCCGCUCUAAAUAGGUUCUGCCAUCCGCUGCAUCAACACAAAAUAUAUAAGACUUUAAUGGAAAGGAACUUUAAUACAAUUAGUCAACAACACAGAAAAGACAAAGAAUAUAAUUUCUAAAUCAAGCACCCAAAGUUGCCCAUCCCUUUGUGGGUAAAAGUCCACCCAAAGAGGAUUGGCCCAGAGCAAGGCCCCAAAGCCUGCCACAGGUCUAAAGCACCUUUCAGUGGGGACCCACAGAAAAGGAUCAGAAACAACGAGGAAGGAAAAGAGCAAAAUCAAAAUCAAGAUGAAAGCUGCCAUUGUCACCUCCCCACGGGUCUCUCACCCACAUCUUUGUCACCCAGUCCACGACCAAAAGGCAAGCACAGUUUCUUCACAUGUUUCUCUGCCCCAUGUGCCUCCUCCCGGUCUCCUUCUGGCUCUCUAUCCUGCUUCCUUCCUUCUCAGUCUCCCCUGCAGCUUCUUAUUCUCCCUGCUCAGCUUUGGGUGGGGCAGGGAACCUGGAACUUCUCCUUUUCUUGGGGACUACCCUGUUAUACCUUCCCUAGUAAUACUAUCUUGAGGUUUUUAAGUCUGUCUCCUAACCAGGAAUUGAUCCCAGGCUGCAACAGCUGUGCUGAGUCUCAGCCACUAGACCACUACGGCUUGGUGUCUCAUAAAACCACAGCAGAAACUUUGCUGAUGCUCAGGCAAGCAAGCAAAAAGAGGCAAAUUUCAUUUAGAAAAAUAGAUAAAAGGAAAAGUUUAUUAGGGACAAAAGGAACAGAAAUAAAGUGGGACUCCCUGGCUGGUGGAACCAGGCCAGGGAGAGGCAAGGAAGCUGAAGUGGGGUCGUGCCUCAGGAAAUAUAAAUAUACACCUUCUUUCCUUAAUUAUUCUAAAGCCCUGUCAGUCUCUGUGAUUGGUUAGUUCUCUGUGGUCUCACUCACUCUGCCUUAAUGUCUCUGUGCCCAGAAUUACGUCUUGCAUCUCAGUCCUUAUCUGAGAGUCCUUUUUCUAUAUAGUCCUUGUCAAGAAAUGUCCUUCUGCCCCUAGUUGGGGUGGGGUAGUGAGUUUGAUUAGUCCCUUUUGGAAUUUGUUGCCAUAUCUCUGGAGCCUUCGUUAUUCCUCUGAGGCUUUUCCUAAUCUAUUCUGCUUCUAGAAGCUAUCCACUUGCCCUGGCCUCUCUAGGGUCUCCAGUCUAUUAUCAGUGGUCCUCAUAAUGGUACAAGGACAGCAAUACAGUGGCAGAGAGAAACUUUCACCCCACAUAGGUUCUUAGGUUGGUUGAGCAAUCAAAUUAACAUCAGAUAGGUUAGUAGGAGAAAGAGAACAAAUUUAAUUACCUAAGUAUGGCGAAUCUACAUACCUCUAAAUUCUAGAGUAAAUAGAACAAGCCAAGGGUUUUUGUCCUGAGUUAAGGAAUGGGAUAGAGGCCUAAGGCUUCAAGUAGAGAGGAGGCGGACUCAUGACAAAAUCCAGAUGCACUAUAACUAGAUAAUUGCCCUGUAUAUAGUUAGUUUAUGCCAAUAAAAAGUAUUUUUCUGAAGAUAAACCUAAAUCUGGAUAAUGCCCCCAAUCUUCACUCCUCUAUGUGGUUAAGGUAAUGGUAGAAGCUUCUUGUGAGUCCAUAGGGCCUUCAUUCACCUUAGCUCAAAAUAAACUACAAGCCAAAGUGGCACAUCUUGGAAGAGAUGUUCUGGACGCCCUGGAGAGGCCUAUUUGAGCAUCCUGGGAGAACUUUCUGAAUGUCUUUAGUCUUAAGCAGCAUUUUUAUCACCUAUGCAAACUACCAAACCCCACCUAAAAUCUACCAAUUCAGGGGGCCUCCAUGGUGAUAUAAGGGUUAAAGACACAGCACUAUCACAGCCACUGCAACAUGAGUUCAAUCCCUGGUCAGGGAGCUGACCCACAUGGUGCAGCAGACCUCUCCUGUCUCACCCGCUGCUCCCCUCAGCAGUGUAUUUCAGUACAUCUGCCUGUUCUGCUCCCCCACUCUCUGUGGUGAAUCCUUUUACCCCCCACCCCAUACCUCUGGCUUACACCCUAGUUCUUGUAUGCAUAAAUAAAUAAAUA